AUGUCUAACAACGACGUCAAGAUCAACCCGCCGAAGGAGUUCGACGGAAACAGAGACGACACCUUAGAGUUCCUCACAGACUGUGAGAACUUCAUCAAUACACUUGGAACCGCCAAGUUCGACAACGACACCAAGAAGAUCGCAUGGACCCUGUCGUACCUCAAGGGAGGAAGCGCAGGACCAUGGAAGAUCUCUUUCAUCGAAGGACAUCCCACGGGAUACGGAACAUGGACCGAAUUCAAGGACAAGUUUAAAGAAGUAUUCGGAACCAUAGAUCAUGAAGCCAAGAACCGCUUCGCCCUCAUGAACCUCAGACAAGGAAACACUUCAGCAGACGACCACGUCGUGAAAUUCCGAACGUUGAUUGCCAGAUCAGGCAUCAAUGACAACGUUUCACAAACCACUUUGUUCCAGGCUAGCCUUAACGACGCGUUAAGAGCCAAGAUAUACAGCCACGACCCGUUGCCUACCACUAUUGAAGAAUGGUACAACAAGGCUUCCACACUCGACCAUCAAUGGCAAUUCGCCAAUUCCAUGAAGAGCGGCAGCAGCUUCAGAAGCUCUAGACCUACCAGAGACACCAAGGUCAGGGCGGUCAACCUUAAUUUCGCGGAACGCCAGAAGUACAUCAAGGAAGGACGGUGCUUCCGAUGUGACAAAAUCGGACACCGCGCCAACAACCCUCAGUUCCACCCGCGAAGCGAAGCUAGACCUUUUAACCAGGGCGGACCCCGCCCCAACACGUUCCAAAGGGGCCUGGGACAACAGAUCCGCCAGACAACUGCUGCGCACCCACAGGAAGAAGAACCUCCUCAAGAAGGCACGGCUAUUCAAGAACUCUUACGUAAGAUUCAGAACAUGAACACCGAAGAUCAGGACACUGUCCUCGAAAUGUUCAGCGACAUGGAAAACCCUCAGGGUUUUUAG